GGAGCCACCGCAGAGCGUGGUCCCCACGGGGCCAGGGAAGACUGGCCGAGCCGUUACUGGUCCACGCAGUCAGAGCAUCUUCUGCAUCCCGCUAUGGUUCUGCGGAAGAAAUUGAGUUGCUUAUGGACAUUAGGUCUCUGUCUGGCAGCCAGUAAAUCGUCUGCCAAAGUCCCCUCCAUCACAGACCAGAAAUUUAAAGACAACAGUGUCGAGGCUCACAACGAAAUGCGCGGCAAAGUCUGGCCCCCCGCGGCGGACAUGAAACACAUGACUUGGGAUGAUGGUUUAGCAAAGAUUGCUAAAGCAUGGGCAAGCAAGUGCCAAUUCAAACACAACUCCUGUUUACCAAAAUCCUACGGAUGCCAUCCAACUUUUGAGUAUAUUGGAGAAAAUAUCUGGUUAGGUGGACUCAGCUUAUUUUCACCAACAUCUGCUGUUGUUGCUUGGUUUAAUGAAACUGAAUUUUAUGAUUAUAAUGCCCUAUCAUGUUCCAAAGUUUGUGGCCAUUAUACACAGGUAGUUUGGGCCAAUUCAUACAAAGUUGGUUGUGCAAUUACAAUGUGUCCUAAACUUUGGGACCAUGAAACUGCAAUAUAUGUAUGCAACUAUGCACCUGCAGGAAAUUUUCCAAAUAGACCCCCUUACACUAAAGGAGUACCCUGCUCGUUAUGUGCAGAAGAAGAAACUUGUGUAAAGAAGCUCUGCCGUAAUAAAGAACUUGAUAAGCCUGAAAAAUAUCCAAAUUGGAGCCCACAAGGGAAGGCACCUCAGCCGAUAUCAUGUAGCUCACUGUGCCUAGUUUCUGUUCUUCUGAAACUAUUUUAAUUAUCAUUUAUAUACAAGAAACAUUCUCAGACAUGACAAUAAACAAAUAGUUUAUGGCUGAAUGUAA